AUGAACCACAUACAGGCACAGAAGAACAAAGGGCAAAGCGUCGCUGCGAGCAGGACCAAGAACUCUAUGAAAUACAGAGAGACUAUAAGGGAACGCAAGUUGCGGAAGGCUUCAGGUAAGGACUUCUUCGAGAAAGCCGGCGACGCGAUAGCAGAUUUUGUCGAAAGCCUCUACUGGAUGUACUACAUCCAUCUGCCAUAUUAUUUGAUGACAUCGUUCGAUUCCUUCUGUUUGCAUACAUUCUUUCUGAUAAUCUUCAGUUUGAGUGUCUUUGGCGUGAUCAAGUACUUUCUGCUGUGA